GGUUCGUUUCGGAACGACACAACUCUAAUUGAAAAGAAAUGGUUGUGAAAAAAUAAAUGCCAAGUUCGUAUAUUAUAUUUUUUGUGUCCAAGAUAGAAAUAAAUAAACUAAAAAGAAAAUAAGUGUAUUGAGAGAUUUUCGUGGCAAAUUCUAUGGUGUGCAGUUGUGAAAUAUUCAAGUUUUCAUCAAAAACCCUUGUUCACACACAACCGUACGAUUAGAAAUAACUCAAAAUAAAAGUGAUUACCGUUAAACUCAGCAUACGACAACCUAAGUCUUCAAAACACAGAAGGUAUCACAUAGUAACAGAACAAUUACAUCAUCUUCUCGUCGUUGGAUUCUAGAGGAAAUGUAAGCCAGUUACUACGUUAAUGGGACAUAUUUGUCAUUGCAAACAUUGAUUUAGAGGAGGGUCUAAAACACUUUGCUAUAACUUGUGAAAUAAUCUGUUUAAAGAAUUACAAAUUUAUUGUGGAAUGUUGCUAUAGGAAGCUUUACAACAAAAUGGACACCAUUGGAUAAAAUGUAAGCUCAGCACCAGUUGAGAAUACAAUCAAGAAAGGAACAAAACCGAUUGUUGCCGUUGAACAGUCGCUUGGAUUUAAUAAAAUAUAUUUACUGUGAUUAUGAGUUCCACAAAGUCCCAGGUAGCUGUGGCUACAAAUAUUCCAAAUAUGUCAUCAUCCAAUCAGGCGCAACAACAAAAGGACUACAACAGCGAGGAGUCAUUGGGUCGGCAGAAUAGCUUUGGAAUGAAUCGAAGGGGUACCAUGAAGGGGAAACACCUAACACGGAGUCAUGCAAUGCGAGAGGCUACAUCACCACCGCGUACUCCCACUCCUAGAACAUCUGAGUCGUCUUCGCAGCCACAAUUGUCACCGAAUGGAUACCAGCAGCAACACCAUCACAUGGAUGUUGGCGAAUCUAACAACAACAAUAGCAACAAUAACAACAAUAAAUUGCAUACACAAUCAUCAUCAGCAACAAGAGGCAAUUCCCCCAUAGUGGACACACCAUCUGUGAUUGUAACUAGUCAACACAAGCAGCAACAGCUAUCCCAACAGACACAGCAGCAGCAACAACAACACACUAAUGUUUCACUGUGUAAUGAGACAGAAUUCCCAAAACUAAGUCCUCCUAAAUCCAAAGGUGGUGGAGGUGCUGGCACUUCUGGAGGAGGAACGUCCAAUUGUGGUCACAACAGUAACGGGCAACAACAACUGCCACCAAACCAACGUUCAAAUAGUCUAAAUAAUAACAGCGAAGGCAAUGCUGGCAAUAGCAAAAAGUCAAACGGCGAAGUAUCGGGAUCGAACGAUACGCACAACAAGUCAACCGUCACUUCAAAUUCUGCCUCUUCAAGUAAGAGUUACAGUCAACCCCAGCAACAGUCAUACAAUGCCGGUAAUGCCUUACAAAAGGCAUUAAAGAUAACAGAUAGUUCUCAAUCGCCACAACAGCACCACAGCUCCUCCCCACAAUCCAACAGCGUCUAUAAUUCUCCAAUGAACUAUCAAAUGCAUCCUAGCGAUGGAAGUCAUAGUCAGCAGCAGCAACAGGCAACUUCGUACAUUGUAUACGACAAAGAGAACCGUUGUCCGCGCAACGAUAGCCAAAAUAGUGUAAACUCUAACGAAGACAUUCAUUAUUUGGAUACGCAGCAGUCUCAAUCACAACAACAACAACACAUCCAGCAACAGGCACAACACCAUCAACAACGUUCCGGUGGAAAUAAGAAGCACCGCACUAACUCGAAUUCGAAAGGAUCAAAACCACGAUUGAAAAAUAUAAGCGGCGGGGGAUCCAGUGGGGGCAACUCGAACACAAGUGGCAAUUGUGGUCCUGGAGGUGGUGGUGCAAGUGUAGGCGGCAGUAUGGAUGGUAGCCUGAACAGCAGCAACAACACAUCCGGAUUUAUUUCUAGAGUCUUCACAAAUUCAGAAAAUUCCAACGAACAGUACACAGAUCACGGCGGCACCGAUCUACUCAGUUUCUUUAAGGAGACGUUGAACAAGAAUGUUAAGGAUCGCCAAUUCUUGUUGAAGGUAGAGAAGGACCUUAUCGAGUUUGUGCAGGAGGGAAGUCGGGGCGAAAUACGCUUUCCCCAGGCUUCGUCGUACAAUCGAAUGCUGAUACAUCGAACUGCAGCCUUUUUUGGCAUGGAACAUAAUGUCGACACGGAAACGCAACAGUGUGUAAUUGUGGCACCGACCAAAAAUACUCGCAUACCAGACAUACGUUUUAAAACGUUGGUCAUCCAUAACCGCGACGAUUCGCGGAAGUCUAUUUUAAAGCGGGACACACACAGUUUCGAUGAGGCGCGCCAAAGUAGCUAUUUAUGUCCCGAUCGUGGAAUGUUGGAUCGCAAGGCAAAGAGUUUCGAAGAACGGGAAGAAGACUAUGAUCGUGCUCGUUCGCGUAUCUUCAAUCGAAGUCAGAAUGAGGCCUGCGGCGGCAGUACAGAUGACGACAACAAUUACAUCAGCUGGACUAGUUCAGUUGAACAACAGCAAUUUUCCCGAGGCCGCUCCAGUGGAAAAGUACUCAAAAUACAAAAUUCGCCAGAUGGUCGUGCUGGAAGUGUGGUGACAAAAGGAAGUAACUACAAUAAUUACGGUCCUUCACAGAGCAGCGCUCCUCCGUUGAUGCGAGGCGAUUCCGCGAAUUCGAAUAAAGGGAACAGUGGUGGCAAUAAUCGAAUUUUCUCUAAACAAGAAUCGGUUGGGAGUACGAAUACAUCAUGGAGACUGUCUCCCUCUAGUAGUGGCUAUAAAACACGCACUCAAUCGGUUCAGUCCGAUUCUGUCAUACCAUCGCCAACCGAUAUUUAUGACGGUAGUGAUGAACAGCAUAUGCCAGACCCCUCAAUCAUCGCUAACAUUGAGAAGAACAUUGAUGCUGCAACAUCGCUGCCCCCUUGCGGACUUGUUUGGGCCGUUACAGAUAUUUCGAAUGUGCCAAAAGGCAGUGUUCUGAUCAAUCCACAAACCCUACAGCCAAUCCUAAAUUCAGACGGUACGGUCUACCACUAUGACCCGUCCAAUCCUCCGCCAAAUCAAGCAAUUACAGCUGGUGGUAACAAUGGUAGCGGUGGUUCCGGCUCCAGUAUGUAUCACUCGGUACAGAGUAUCUCUUCUCCACAACAAGCACAUGCAAUGCAAAAUACUGGAAAGAAGCAGAAUAAAGGUCACCAAAUGAUGUCGCAACAGCAGCAUCCGAAAUGCCAACAGCAAUUCCAUCCCACUGAUGCUACACCGCCACCUGUCGCUGUCGCUGAGGCUGUAUCCGAGUCAUCAACGCAAACGGUUAAUGAGGGCGACGAUUCAAUUGGCAAUAACUCGGGUGAUAUGAAUUACCAUGAUGGUGGUGAUGUUUCCAAUAAAGAUGAUAACGACGAAUGUGAUAAUUCGGCCAAUGGCUGUCUCAGCAUAACCACCACAACAUCAACGAAGAAUUACGACCGGAUUGAAGUCCAGAAAUUUAAGAACCAAGCAACAAGUCCUAAUAUACCCAUAAGUGAGCAAGAAGACCUAUCAAAGUUUGAGAAUUCCAGUCAAACCCCUACAAAUAUUGUGAUAUCAUCACAGCAACCGCAUAUACACCAUCAACAGCAGCAAAUUCAGAAUCGUGAAACACCCCAUUCGGCCCGCUCUACGCCGUUUAGCAAUAGUGAUACACUGACCAAACGGUCUUCCGAGGAGCCUAGAACUAGCUGGACUCAAAGCUACCAAGCUCCCGAUGGUUCCACAAUAUUUCACACAAAUACUACGAAUGGAAGUAAUCCAUAUUGUACUACCACAUAUCAGCAAGCGCCUGAUGGAAGCAUUUAUGCUGUGCCGCAGGGAAUGAUUUACGCUUAUCCACCGCCUGUGGAAGGGGAAUUCCAAGGGUAUUUAAUGCCUGUGUUUGACCCAUCACAACAACGCGGGGAAACAACGGGCAUUUUACCGCCCGGAACACAGACCAUAUAUCCAACAGGUGGUACUACGACAAUGGUACCAGUAGCUGCUUAUCCAACUGCCCAGUUUACAACAACCAAUGGUACUCCUAUCUAUCCUGGCCAAGUAAUAUACUCCGGUGAACAGUUUCAAACAGCAGGGACGCCACUGACUGCCGCCGCGCCAGCUGCAUCAACAGGUCAACUGCAGCAAAUACCAAUGACAACGUAUCCCAUUGGAUAUCCUUACCCAUACAAUGGAUACUGGGGCCAAACCAUGACAUACUACGUACCUCAACAAGCUGUACCCGCCACCUCACUGUUAACUGCACAGGCUCCACCACAAGCGGGGCCUGCUAGUUCUGCCCACGUCGCUGGCGGCGUGAAUGCACCAGGUCCUAAUGGUAUUAAUACGACGGCUGGACCGUCAAUCAAUUCCGCAAACAUAAACAAUACACAAGGUGCUAAUGGCGGAUGCUCUCAGAAUACUCCCCAUCAAAAUGGGCCAGCACCGAAUUGUUAUCAACAACAUGUUAAUACAGGUGCUGCACUGGUUAGUGGAGGAAACAAUCACAGCAGCGGCACAACGUACUAUGGAACAGGACGGAUUAAGCGACCUAAUCCCUCACAUUUCUCGAGCAAUGGCGGAAAUGGUGGUCCACAGGUGCUGACAGCUACCGCAUUGUCGAACGGCGUCAGUGCGACUACAUAUCAAUUGGGUCCAGUGCCUACACUGACAUUGGCAGCAACAGCACCGGCUGCAGCGGCGACCGGAGCCCCAGCUGCAACAGAUCUCAGCACCGGUGGGGCGGCAUCCGCUACAGCUACAAUGUAUGCCCUUCCACAGCAUGCAACCAUUUUUCCAGCCAAUAUGUUUCCGUAUACAACAAACGCGACCCCAACUCUAGGCCCCCAGUCUGCCGCGGGAAUGGCUCAGCAAGCUGCGAUCAUAUCUCAGCAUAGCAAUCCACAAAUACAAGCACACGCCGCAGGCGCAUCAGCGGGAGCUUUACAUAAUCCUCCUCACGCUAAUACUGUGAUUACGCCAUUUUAUACAACAACUCACCAUUCGAAUCCACAUGCGGGUAUACCGGCUGGAACUCAUACAAUACACGGUCCUGGUCCGGCAGCAAUACCAAUUGUAGAUCCGGCAUCACUGAUCAACGCAGCUCAAAAUGGGAGUGGUAAUCCCACCUAUAUGACUAGGGUUGGGAGCGCAGGAAUGGCCGUAGGCACGAGCAACACUAGUACCUCGCAAUCGGCUCCCAGCACUCCGCACUCAAUGCCCUCGAAUCAGCAUCACUCUCAGCGGAACCCUCCUGUGUUUUCGACUCCCCCCAUUAUGAACAACAAUACAGGUCAUUACAGCAGCACUAGUUCGACUCCCCAUUUCUACGUAGAUCAAAAUCAUCAGUCCGGUAGUGGAAAUAAUACCAAUAGUCCCCAUAACACGUAUUCCUCAAAUGCAUACGAAAAGAGGAACAACGGAAAUAGCGGAGGAAGUGGAAAGAAAAAUCUUCCGUAUCAAAGUGCCAGUUUAAGUCGGCAAAAUUCAUCCAACACAGGUGGAUAUAGUAGCAAUGGGGGAGGUGGAAGUAAGCCGCCAUCUUUAUUGGGCAACAGCAAUAACAACGACACUCGAGCAUCCCCUAGUAGCAGUAGCACAAAUUCUAGAACACAUUCGAUGAAAAGAUCGGGGGGUAAUAAUGUUAAUGAGAAACCGCAAACUCCUUUACUGAGUGGCCCUCCCAGUUAUGCUGGUGGCGGAAACGUGAAUAAUAACAGUUUUGCGACUGCUGCCACCGUUGAAAUAGCUUCUAGCGCAGUACCAAUAACAAACGUUGCGAAGCCUCCAAUGCGACUGAAUGCCUCGGCAGCGGCAUUCCGCCAUAAGGGCACAGUACCGAACAAUUCUGGUGGUGGAAAUGUUGUGGAAUCUCGGCGGAACCCUGCAUCGCAAAGGAAUUCGCCAAGCACAAACGCGAGUAGUAGCAAUGACAAUAGCAACAACAAUUCGCCUAACAGUAUAAACAAUUCUUCCAACGUUACAACUCCGAUUGCUGCCAGCUGCUACGCCGCUCCUUCGUAUAUGAUAAAUGCUCAGAACAAUGGUGGUGAAGUUGCUCUUCCUCACCAUCCGCCGCCACCUUCGCUGUACAUUACAACAGCAACGGCGCGAGGACCUGCACACAUUCCACCACAUUUACAAACAGCAGCAGCCACAGCUGGUGGCGCAGCAGCUUCUGCAGCCGCUGCAAUGCCCCAACAGACAACCACAGCUGUUCUAGGAGGUGCAGCAGCCGCUGCAGCUGCAGCCGACGUGGCGAAUGCCGCUGCAGUGGCUGCAGCUGCUGCGACAGUUGCUCAUCACCAUCAUCCUCAGCCACUGUUGGGGACAUACAAUCCGGGAGCAUCCGGAUUGUACUUUAAAUAUGGUCAUACAUAUUUCGCCCACCCUUCCGUAGCUUUACCAAAUAGUCGUCGCUCGCCGUCGACAGAUUUAAGACCUCCCAUUGCGCAAGUGACGGGUAUGUACCCAGCAAUGAAUAUGAUGAUACCAGCCCAACCUCGACAUCCUGGUCGUCAUCCCAACCCCAACUAUAAGGGAACACGACCUCGUUGAUAUCCCCGGUUGUAUUGAUGGCAUGGUCACAACAAUAACGUAAACACAAUGAUGCUAUACCAAAAACCUUAAAUUAGAAUAAGUUAUAACGACAACAAAACAAAAAAGUAACUAAUCUAAUAAAAAUCAUUAGGCUUAGUUGUAAAAUAGAUAUAAACUGACGGAACAUUAAAAAUGAAGGAAGUCACAAACGGAAACAGAAGAUGUUGUGUGCCACUACUGUGUGUCGUCGUAGUAGCAGGAUCGGAAACAAUAUAUUUUAUAUUUUCGGACUGGCCUAGAUUUGGACUACAAUAGAAAACUGAAAAUCAUAACAAAACCGAAAUUUAUUAUAAAAUCAUACAAAAACAUUGGCUUUAAUAGGUAAAGAGUAGCAUCCAGAAAAAUAUACUGCAAUCAUUUAAUCCAACUGUCAUCUAUACGUUCCCACACGCAUAGCUACAAAUAUCUGUGCUGCAUACAAAAACAAAAAAAAAAAAAAAACAGAAAUUUUCGCAAGUCUGUCAUUUAUAAUUAUACACGAAACGACCAUCUAGACAGAAUUCAUUAGAGAUCAAAGUGACUCGAGUUUUCUUGAGCUAAUACCGUCAUAGUGCAGCAACAACUUCCAUUCGUGUAAUAAGGGAAACGUGUCUGUGCAACAAUUUCUGUGCCAUCAACAUAAAUAGAACAUAACGAUAGCAAACAAAAAAUACUUAAUUUUUAAGAACAGAUUCUGAAAAAACAACACGUUUACACAUUUACUCCCAAUGAUACGCCUUCACAGACACACGAACUCACACAAACGAACACACACAUACACACCAAAACAACAUACAUACAGAUACACUAGAAAUAUACCAGUGACAUAAUUAAGUCAUUUUAAUUGAGUAUAUAAGAAUAAACUUAAUUAUAAUAACUAUAAAUAUACUAUAUAAAAAUAACUAUUUAUGAUACACAAGAUAAAUGCUAUAUACGAAUACAUGUAUAUAAUAUGUAUGUAUGUAUUUCCGUCUUAACAUAUACAUAGAUACAUAUUAAAAAUGUAUUGAAAACUCCAUGGAAAUAUAUGCUGUGACAUGUAUUAAUUGAUUUAUAUACCCUUGAAAAGAUAAAACUUUACAUAGGUAUAACUCAUUAACACAUGUGACACUAUAUAUGCACAUAUAUAUAAAGAUAAAUAUAUAUAUAUAUUGAAGAAAUGAAAAUCAUACAAAUAAUUUUAUAGUAUUUAAAAUGAAAUUUAUUAUAUAUACAUAUAAUAUAUAUAUAUUAAAUAAAUAAUAUUAUUUAUAGUUACCUAAGGUAGCAUAAUGAAAUUAUUCAAAUAUAUAUACAUAAAUAUAUAUUUAAAAAAUAUAUAACAUAUAAAAAUAAAAACAAAUAAAAGACUCCAUUGCGAAUUAUUCCAUGGACUUGCAGUUAAAUGGCGACGCAACUUGAUUGCGUUCAGCUCGUGCCCUUUCUAAGUGAGUAGAACGAACGUGAUUUUUACCAUGUGUCAUUGUCGCAUAUGUCACAUUCAAUACAUUUUCCAAACUUCAUCUUUCAUUGCCAUGGUUGUGCUGCGAGCAUUAAAUGUAGUAACUGACGUGUAAAUAAAAUAUACAUUGUACUGUUAGCCCUAGCAUUUACUACUAUUAUUAUUUACCGAAAAUAUGUAUUCUUUAACACGUUUCAUUUGUUCACCCUGUACACACAUUUG